AUGGACCACGAGGAAUACAGAUGGAGAGGGAAAGAGAUGGUGGACUAUAUUUGCCAGUACCUAACCAACAUACGGGAAAGGCGGGUAUAUCCUGAUGUGCAGCCAGGUUACAUGAGAGAUCAACUACCCAAUGGAGCCCCUUUGGAGCCGGAAAGCUGGGAUAAUAUCUUCAGAGACAUAGAGAAUAUCAUUAUGCCUGGGGUGGUCCACUGGCAAAGUCCACAAAUGCAUGCCUAUUUCCCAGCUCUGACUUCCUGGCCUUCACUCCUUGGAGAUAUGUUAGCAGAUGCUAUUAACUGUUUGGGAUUUACUUGGGCAUCCAGUCCAGCUUGCACAGAACUGGAAAUGAACGUGAUGGAUUGGUUGGCUCAAAUGAUGGGUCUUCCAGAAACAUUCUUACAUUAUCAUCCAGGUAGCAAGGGUGGCGGCAUCUUGCAGAGCACAGUUAGUGAAUCAACCCUGAUUGCUCUGCUAGCAGCCAGAAAAAAUAAAAUUCUUGAAAUGAAAACAUCCGAGCCAAAUAUAGACGAUUCCAUUCUGAAUUCUCGUCUAAUUGCAUAUGCUUCAGAUCAGGCUCACUCCUCCGUUGAAAAGGCGGGUUUGAUUUCCCUUGUGAAAAUGCGGUUUCUGCCGGUGGAUGAGAAUUUUUCCUUGAGAGGUGAAACCCUGAGCAAAGCUGUGCAGGAGGACCGAAGCCGUGGCUUGAUACCUAUCUUUGUUUGUGCAACUCUCGGCACAACCGGCGUGUGUGCUUUUGACUGCCUUUCAGAGCUAGGUCUGAUAUGUGCUAAAGAGGAACUUUGGCUUCAUGUUGAUGCUGCAUAUGCUGGAACAGCCUUUUUGUGUCCAGAAUUCAGAUCCUUUCUUAACGGAGUUGAAUAUGCCGAUUCUUUUACCUUCAACCCCUCCAAAUGGAUGAUGGUUCACUUUGAUUGCACAGCAUUCUGGGUUAAAGAUAAAUACAAGCUCCAGCAGACCUUUAGUGUCAACCCCGUCUACCUCAGACAUCCCAAUUCUGGGUCAGCAACUGAUUUUAUGCACUGGCAAAUCCCGCUGAGCCGAAGGUUUCGCUCUCUGAAACUCUGGUUUGUGAUUCGCUCAUUUGGUGUGAAAAAGCUUCAGGAGCAUGUCAGACACGGUACUGAGAUGGCCAAGUAUUUUGAGUCAUUGCUCAGAAGUGACCCCUUGUUUGAAAUCCCUGCUAAGAGGCAUCUUGGACUGGUUGUUUUUCGUGUAAAGGGUCCCAACUGGAUGACUGAAAAGGUCUUAACAGAUCUGAACAAAUCAGGAAAGCUGUUUGUCAUCCCAGCAACAAUUCAGGAGAAGCUGAUUAUUCGCUUCUCUGUAACGUCCCAGUUCACCACUCAAGAGGAUAUCGAACGAGACUGGGCCCUCAUCCAACAGGCUGCAGUGAACGUCUCCAACCUGCAUCAUGUGCCUAAACCUCUCAUCAUCUCAGAGGAGAAGUCCCAAAUCCCCAAUCAAUUAACUAGUCCCAGUCUAAAGCCAGCAGGUGUCACUUCCCAUACUUUCACAGAGAAAGAAGAAGGCAAAGUUUUACCUUUGAGUAGAAUAAUUACACAGCCUCGGAGAAGAUCUCUCAACUCUUCUUUGUCACUGUUGAAAGAAUACAUCCCAAUGGCCAAUGAGCCUUAUUUGGAUGAGUGUUUCACAGAAAACAAUCCAUGUGUGACCAACCGUGACUUGCCUUCUGUCUUAUCAGCUCAAAACAAGAAAAAAACAGUCCGUUCCUUCAGCUUGGACAGCCCUAUGGAGAAUGGACCUUGUGCCAGCAGGAAUUUCCUUUCCAAGUUGCCCAAAGAAAUACUGAUGAUCAAGAAAGAAGACCUGAAGAAACAAGCACAGUUUUACCACCUGCCCAGUUUUCCUGAAUGCACCAUUCAGUGUGGUCUCCAGUUGCCGUGUUGUCCUCUUCAAGCGAUUAUCUAGCUCUUGAGCCUUCCUUCAUAAAAUGAAAACCAAAUUCUGCUUAUUCUUAUGCAAUAUAAUAAUCUAUGGCCCCAAAAUAUUGUAACUGCAGAAGAUCUUGUUAUUAUCUUUUUAAAGAGCCUAUACACUGAAUAAGUUCAUAGGGUACAGUAAAUAAACAAUUUAGUCUUGGCAUCU